UCGGGGAUGGGGCUUAGAACCCGGCAGACAGCUCCAGGCAAGUCGGGUGGAUUCAGGAGACACUUCCGAGUGAAACCCUGCGUAUUUCCGAUUAAGAUGGCGGCGCCCAACCGAGUUAGGUGCGGGCGAUUCUGUCUUUAGGCGUGGCGGCGGCUCGAGACCCGGGGAGCAGACCCUCCAGAGUCGACCCAUCCGGACGUCUGAGCUGCCUCCGCGGUGACCAUCAUCUUCCUUCAACACCUCUUCCCUUCACAAAAAGUCCAUGGCAGACAAAGGCUCAGGGGGCAGUCGCCUGCCCCUGGCGCUGCCCCCAGCCUCCCAGGGUUGCUCAUCCGGGGGCAGUGGCUCCUCGGCGGGGGGCUCCGGCAAUCCCCGGCCCCCACGCAAUCUCCAAGGCCUGCUGCAGAUGGCUAUUACUGCAGGCUCCGAGGAACCAGACCCCCCUCCAGAACCCAUGAGCGAGGAGAGACGCCAGUGGCUACAGGAAGCCAUGUCAGCUGCCUUCCGGGGCCAGCGAGAGGAGGUGGAGCAGAUGAAGAGCUGCCUCCGGGUGCUGUCCCAGCCCACACCCCCAGCUGCUGGUGAGGCUGAGCUAGCCACUGACCAGCAGGAGCGGGAAGGGGCACUGGAACUGCUGGCAGACCUGUGCGAAAACAUGGACAAUGCGGCAGAUUUCUGCCAGCUGUCUGGCAUGCACCUGCUGGUGGGCCGGUACCUGGAGGCAGGGGCUGCAGGGUUGCGCUGGCGGGCAGCUCAGCUCAUCGGCACAUGCAGUCAGAAUGUGGCGGCCAUCCAGGAGCAGGUGUUGGGACUGGGUGCCCUGCGCAAGCUGCUUCGGUUGCUCGACCGGGACUCCUGCGACACGGUACGCGUCAAGGCCCUCUUCGCCAUUUCCUGUCUUGUCCGAGAGCAGGAGGCUGGGCUGCUGCAGUUCCUCCGCCUGGAUGGAUUCUCUGUGCUGAUGCGGGCCAUGCAACAGCAAGUGCAGAAGCUCAAGGUCAAGUCGGCGUUCCUGCUGCAGAACCUGUUGGUGGGCCAUCCUGAACACAAAGGGACCCUUUGCUCCAUGGGAAUGGUCCAGCAGCUGGUGGCUCUUGUGCGAACAGAACACAGCCCUUUCCACGAGCACGUGCUUGGAGCCCUGUGCAGCCUCGUGACGGACUUCCCCCAGGGUAUGCGUGAGUGCCGGGAGCCUGAGCUGGGCCUGGAGGAGCUGCUCCGCCACCGCUGCCAGCUGCUGCAGCAGCACGAGGAAUACCAGGAGGAGCUGGAGUUCUGUGAAAAGCUUCUGCAGACCUGUUUCUCCAGCCCAACAGACGACAGCAUGGAUCGGUGAGCCCUGGAGCCUGUUGCACUCUGCGUGGGAACCCCAGGCCUCCUGCCUCCAAGGUGCCCUCUCUCAAGGGAGUGCUGUGCCUGCUGGGGCCUGGACCUGGGCCUACCAGCCCAUCUCUGAGCAGCCCCCUGGAGGGGGUGCCAGGAAAGGUGUGGCUCCUUGGACGCCCCCACUCCUACCCUGCCCUCUCUGUCAUCCUUCUCAGCACUGCUCUUCCAAUAAAGGUGUUUCUCCUCCUC